GACAGGCUAGCUAGUGCAACUUGAACCACGAGCCUUCCUAUCUCUUCAGUUGUCGUUCGAGCGCGUCGCGAUUCGAGUCUUCUUUUUCGCAAUCCUUCCGAUCGGUGCACCGGCUAAUGAGAAAGACAAGACCCACUGUGCUUCUCCUUUCUUCGUCGAUUGCUAAUUUUGUUCGUCUUCGACUGGACAUCGGAAUGAAUUUAGUCGGCCUUCUUCAACCCCACAUUUAAACGAUCAAUCUUAGUUCCGAUAGAGUUCUUGCAGAAUGCACGAGAGGCACGCUCGUAGCUGGAUAAUUUGCUAAUAGCCUGUGACUUCUCGUAAUGCGGCGAACAAGAGUGAAAAUUGCGCAAAGGGGUCAGCAGCAGUUCUUUCUUUAAAUUUUUGUGCAGCGAGGUCGUUCUCCCGUUUGGAACAUGUGGAACCGGAAAGUGUUCAUCAGGCUCAUCGAAGUGAUAUUGUGCAUUGCAUGUGUUGUGGCGCUUAGAGUAACUAAUGAUGAGAGUCGAAGAGUGUUUCAUUACCUGAGAAGUCGUAGCAGAGAAUGGUCCUUGCUGAACAACGUGACAUGGGGUGCAAUAGGUGCUGCUCUAGCAACAGCAACCAGCGGUGGCUACAUAAUAAUAACGACUGGGCUUCUUAUUGCUGCCGCAACAGGAGAGCUUUCUGGUCGGAAGACGGAAAUAUUCUUUCUGGGGCUUGGCGUUAUUCUCUUCGCCAUUGUUGGCGCUUUGUCCAUGGCCUCUAUUGAAAACGUUCCUGAAGAUUUGGUGGACAAUGCUGCCGUCUUCGGGGCGUUGUGUUUGUUGACGGCGUUGGUUUUCAUCGGCGACUUAUUAAUGAGUACACCCAAGAAGAAGCUUGAACAAGCCUUGGCGAAACAUUUAACUACGAAAAAGGAUAAAAACCAAGCAGCGACAAGCGUAGUCAACGAGAAAGAAACGAAAUCCCCAAAAGCAAGUAGUCCAAAAGUUUCAAAGAAGGACGAUGACGGCACCGUUAACGACGGGUUUGAAAAGAUGGAGGAGAGACAUCAAACGAGCGCUCAGGAAUCAUCCGAAGAUCCUCGAAAGUGGAAAUCGGAUCAUUCCUCGAAUCAGUUCACCAAAGUCGGGCGCAGAAACGACGAGGACGAACGUUACGUACGCGAUGAUCCAGAACAGAAAGAGUACACGCAGAACUUUGAAAAUGGAAGGGUCCUCAGAAACUCGCAGAUGUAUCGCGGCCCUGAGACUCAAGUGAAUGGAAAAAGGGAUUCGUACAAAGUCGAUCACAGAAUGGAGAUGCCUACGGUGGUUUACAAGGGUCAAGACAUUUAUCAGCGCCCUGUGGAUGAAGUGGACACGCCUCGUUUUCCGACUGAAACGAACGGCAGAAGUGAAACCAUGUUCGCAAAGAUUGUCAAUCCUGGUGUGAAGAUAAUGAAGGUCGAGCAUGAUGUCGACGAAGCUUUCGACGCAUACAGAUAUUCUGACAUGAGUCAGUACGACAACGUGCCAAUUCGGAUGCGAGGAACGUCGUCGAGUCAGAAGAAGAAUCGCGACGUCUCGUUCAAUAUUCCAUCGCCACCGAAAGGAUACGGCAAGGACCAUGACAAGGAUGAAAUCGAGGUGCUGGAAGAGUGUUUCAAUGCACUUCGAACCACGAGCACAGGUACUCAAACACCUGCGAUACGGAUGCCAUCUUCACCGACUGAUCCUGGAUACGUUCGACACACUGCCAGCAACUGGCCUCAGGAAAUGAAAACGAAAACACCUGGCUCCAGUCCUAAUCACACGAGAAAUUGA